CGCUGUCGCGAGGAUUGGGAACUUGGGGAGAUGGAUUGUUUGUCCUUUUCCUUGAGAUGACGCGCCACAACCUACCCCGGCUUGCCUCGGUCUUCUGCUUGGCUCUGACGCCAUUUCCGCGACCCCGCCGUUAGCGGAGGAGGGCGCGGCUUUAAUUAACCACCUUGCUACACUUCACGACUUCGAACUCGGCUUCUCCCUACCGCCAAUCUAGACACCACAAAGUCUACGGGGAGCUCGAGACGUCCAUCACCAGUCCAAUUGACCUCGAGAAACCCCCAAUUGACGGCCCCUUAACCCGCUAAAUCGACGGCCCCCGUGCCCGCCCACAAUGCCCGCCCGCCCACGCCUAAAGCUCUCCAGGGGCUGUCCCUCAGGCACAUUCCGAACCGGGCCCCCUCCGACCCGCCUCCACCUCUCCUCGGCCGCCGCCGCCUCUACCUCGACAACAGGCCAGUCUCUGCCCCCCGCGCCGCCGCAGCGCUGGGUCUCGGACCUGCAGGCCCGCGUGGGCCGGUGCCUGGCGUUUGGGUGCUCGGCGGACCAGGUGUCGCGCGCGGCGCGCGUGCUGGCCGUCCUGGCGGCCGAGUGGCGCCACCUCCUCGCCGGGAGCGAGGGGUUCCUCACGCGCGGGGGCGGGCGGGCCGGGGAUAGUCGGAGGGUUGUGUGGGGGGAGAUGGACUCCUUUGGCCACGUCAACAACGUCAACUACUUCCGCUACGCCGAGUCGGCGCGCGUCGACUGGAUAACCGACUUUUCCGUGCGGGCGGCGCCGGAGCACCGCGAGGCAUGGGCCGAGCUGAUGAAGCCGCGGGCGACGGGGCUGAUCAUGAGGUCAUUGAAGUCCGAGUUCAAAUUCCCCCUCGUCUACCCCGACACCAUCUCCGUCUACCACAAGCUCCGACCCCCCUCGGGCCCCGGCCCGGCCGACCCGACAGCCAUCACCCUCGACUGCGUGGUCCUCUCGCACCGCCAUCGCCGGCCCGCCGCCCGCUUGGAGGAGGACGUCGUCGUGUACGACUACCGCAUCGCGGCGCGCGCGCCCCUGCCCGACUUCGCGGCCGCGGCGUUCGCGGAGACGAUGCGGGCGCAGGAGGCCGAGGCUGCGGCCGCGAGGCGGGCAGUCUGGGGCCUCAUUGGGGAGGUGGAGGCGCUUGAGAGGGGGACGUGGGAUCGGGAGGGGGCGGUGGAAGAUUUGGGUGGGGGGGUUAAGGGGGGGUGA